CACCCUCGCGGUGCGCAUCGUUUAAGUCUCGAAAAUAGUGUUGAUUGAUAUAGCCUGCCCGUAUCACAUGCAAUACCGGCUAGCGGCACUUUAUCUCUUCACUCACAUCCACUCGAAGCGAACAUCCACACCCACACCAUCCUGAAUUUUCGCCUUCAGGUGAUCGCCGUUUCGUUUUUUAAGUCAGUCUUUUGAAACUCUACGCAGAAGCUGGAGGGAAAAUGUUAGAACUGUACAUCGCUCUGGCAGUACUCGCCGUGUGUCUUUAUUUCAAAUGGUCCUGCAGCUAUUGGCGCCGGGUGGGCAACGUAGAUGGACCCCAACCUUUGCCCAUCUUUGGCAACGGCUUGGAGCAGAUCACCGGUGCGAAACACUUUGGCGAAAUCUUCGAGGAGGUCUAUCGGACAUACCCGACAGCGGCCUGGGUGGGAAUCUACGAGCUGUUCAACAAACCUGCCAUCGUCGUGCGGGAUUUGGAAUUGGUGAAAGAGAUUCUGGUGGGCAGCUUUCAGCACUUCAAUAGAAACUCCUUUGAGGUAGAUGAGACCAUCGAUCCAUUGGUGGCGAUCAAUCCUUUCACCCAAUCCGGUGAUCUGUGGAAGGAACGACGCUCGCAAGUGGUGCCGGUGUUUUCCCAAACGAAAAUCCGAUCAUGCUUCCCGAUCAUCAAGAACGUGGCGGAUAAUUUCCUGGAGUACGUCACCAAGACGCGUAAGACCAGUCCCGACUUUGAGGCAAAGGAUAUCUGCGCCCGGUUUACGAUUGAUUCGGUGGCCAGCUGUGCGUUCGGCAUCGAUGCCGAAUCGUUCACCAAUCCGAAUUCCGAGUUUCGCCGGGUGGGAUUCGAGCUGUUCAACCCGAGUUCAAUCAUGGCGACGGUGCGCUCGCUGUUGGCCCUGUUUGCGCCGAAAUUGGCUUCCCUGCUGCGGAUACCAUUCGUUCCCUCAUACGUGGACCGAUGGUUCCGCAAGUUGGUCAACGAAGUCAUCCGGCAGCGCAAGGAGGGCGAGGUGAAGCGGCAGGACCUAUUUCAAGCCAUGUACGACACGCUCACCCAGCAGGGAACCGUAGAUGUCAAGAACGACGAAAUCGUUGGCCAUUCCGUGACGUUCCUUACGGAAGGGUUCGAAACGUCCAGUACGCUGAUGUGCUACUUCCUGUACGAGUUGGCCUCCAACCAGCACAUCCAGGAUCGAGUGCUGAACGAAAUCGACUGCGUGCUGAAAGAGUACGACGGCAAGCUAACGGACGAAGCCGUCAACAAGUUGACCUACAUGGAACGGGCCAUGUACGAGACGUUGCGAAUGCACUCCCCGGUGUUCACCCUGACGAAGGUAUGUACUAAAGAGUAUGAGCUGCCGCCUCAGUAUACGGAUGACGUUGGUAAGCGGAUUACGAUGAAGCCUGGAAUGUCGGCCAUCAUUCCGGUGCACGCCAUCCACCUGGACCCGGAGAUUUAUCCCGAUCCGUGUCGGUUCGAGCCGGAUCGGUUUUUGGACGAGAACCGUAAGGGGCGCCAUCGGUAUGCGUUCUUGGGAUUCGGUGAGGGUCCUAGGAUUUGUCUGGGCAUGAAAUUCGGACUGACUCAGAGCAAGAUUGGUAUUGCAACGCUGCUCAGUAAGUAUCGGGUGGUGGGAUCGGACAAACAGGAGCUACCGCUGGAGAUUUCUCGCAAGUCGUUUUUGUUGGCGUCUAAAAAUGGGAUUUGGGUGAAAUUCGUUGAAAGGGGAUAGGAUGCUGAUUUCCUAGGGAAUAUACCACAUUUGGAGAAUGUCA